UGUAGUCCAUUAUGGUUACAUCAACCACCGCCGUGCUCUGUUUCUUCCUCUUCCUCUUCCUCCUCCCUCUCUCCAUUAACGCCGCCACCUUCCAGAUCAUCAACAACUGCUCUUUCACCGUUUGGGCCGCAUGGGCCACCACCGGCCCUCAGGCAGGCGGCGGUAACCAACUCAACUCGGGUCAGUCCUGGACCAUCAACAUCAACGCCGGCUCCACCGGCGGCCGCAUAUGGGCACGCACUGGGUGCUCCACUGACGGCAGAGGCUGCCAGACCGGCGACUGCGGGAUGCUGCAGUGCCAGGGCUACGGCCGGGCGCCCAACACCCUCGCCGAGUUCUCCCUCAACCAGAGCAACAACCUCGACUUCUUCGACAUCUCCAACGUGGCCGGCUACAACGUGGGGAUAGACUUCAGCCCCACCACCGGCGGGUGCCGAGGGAUCCAGUGCUACGCCAACAUCGUGAGGGAGUGCCCGGCGGCGCUGAGGGCGCCGAGGGGCUGCAACGACCCCUGCACCGUGUUCGGGACGCCGCAGUACUGCUGCACCAAUGGACCGUGUGAGCCCACGGAUUUUUCAAGGUUCUUUAAGAAGCGGUGCCCGGACGCCUACAGCUACCCGCAGGACGAUCAGACCAGCACGUUUACCUGCCCUGGCGGCACCAGCUACAGAGUCACCUUCUGCCCCGGACACGUUCCUAAAAUCACGCAGGGCAACGAUAGCAAUAUUGUCAAUAUUGGCAAUAUUAAGCUCGUAGUUACUAUAAGAUUAAGCCAAUAAGUUUUACAAGGAUCUACUGGACACGUUUCUACGAUCAUGAUGAAUAAAAAAUAGUAUGCUGAAUUCAACGUAAGGUCUUCGCAGCGACCUUACGUGGAUUCGCUAAUAUUAGCAGCUCCCCAGGCGAAUCCAAAUGGCAAAUGUACAGACGGGUCUAUAAAGGCGAUGCAAUCUUUUGAUGCUUGUACUUGAUCAGGGGAGGCCCUCAAGUUCAUUACAGCAAAAGGCGAAGCUCUCGCCCCCAGGACCCCCACCGAUCGGAUCCACGGCCAUCGUGAGGGAGGUAAAUCGCAGCACCCGAGCUAGCAUGGGACGGACCGGGUGGGAUACAGGGAUAGGGGAUUUAUUCCCCCGCUGCCACUGAGUUUCGACCCGAUGGCCUCAU